CCCUAUAUAUUACAAGCACAACGCGAUUUACUUUCUAUGAAAGCUGAGAAGGGGUGCGAUUGGCUGUCGGUUCCGACAUCGGCCCAUAGUUAAGAUACAAAAUCAUAGGGACUACCCCUCUGGACCCCUACAGUCAACUGCAAGGUGGAGGACCUCAAUUUGCACGAACAUCCCCGGCGCACUGACGCAAACAGGAUUUACAACACUUUAUGUGCGAGGACAGUUCACAAUCGUCCCCAGUUGUCUGAACUUCAGUCUCCACUGCUAUCGCCCUACCCGGGUGAUGGUUUCUCACACGGCAGGCACAAUUUCGGGGACUUUCUCUGCAGCGACAGCCUAGAGGAACUCUGAACUUUGUCAACUCUGCAGUCGGACUAAUACCAAAGCAUGGCGAGUUGUCAGCGUGUGCUCGUCCUGCUUCUGGGAUGGAGUUAUCUAUAUGUUGGAUACUGCGCUCGCUUGAAAGAGCAUUUUACGGGGAUCACUAAAGAGGUGGAAUUGGGGCUUAUCGUGGACGCUCAGGACAAAGACCACCACGCCAAAGCAGAGGACGACCUGAGUCUACAAGACACGGUGUCCGAACACAUGCAGAUGCUCUACGCGAAGUAUAACCGGGCAGGUUUUCCCUUCAAGGACGGUAACACUGUUCGGAGUUUCAGAGCGCAUUUGGGGACCAUCAACAACAAGCCCUUGCAGAUCUUCAACCUGACGUCCCUCACCAAAUCGGAAGAAGUGCUUUCAGCCACGCUGCACUAUUAUAUCGGGGACCUCCACAACCACACUCACGGCUGCGCACGGCCAAAACACUGCCCUCGUCAUGGCCAGCGGCAGCGCAAGCACAUUCAGCUAGGCAUUUGGAGUUUUGCCUCCGUUGCCAACAACACCAGAACUCUCGGCCACUUCCGUAUCAAUGUUUCUACAAUGUACAGAGACUUCAUCUCAUGGCAGUGGAAGGACAUUACUCGCGUGGUUAAUCAGGCCAAACACCAUGACGAUCUCCUCAUAGGUGUUGACAUUGAUUCGCAGGGUCGAAGGCCCUGGAAACAACUUCUGUCAGACCGUACACCUUACAUUUUGGUCUAUGCCAACGACUCAGCCAUCUCUGAGCCCGAAAGCGUGGUCUCAACGCUGCAAAGACACAAAACCGCAGUCAUUCCGGGACUCCACCGACUGGGACUACACAACCGUAAUGCCACAAUUCAUACCAGGAGGAGACGGUCCGCUAAUGUCCUCUUGCCUUUACAGAACAAUGAACUUCCAGGCCCAGAGUAUCCAUAUGACGUCACCGGCUGGGACGAAACGAGUCCGUACGACCCUGUCGAGAGCAAACCAGCCAAGAGGCCACGUAAAAAGCCGCGCAAAAACCACCGACACAAGAACCCGCUGCUACAGUUUGACGAGCAGACCAUCAAGAAGGCGCGGAAGAAGCAGUGGAAUGAGCCGCGCAAUUGCGCGCGCAGGUACCUGAAGGUGGACUUCGCAGACAUUGGCUGGAGCGAGUGGAUUAUCUCUCCAAAGUCCUUUGAUGCCUAUUACUGCGCAGGCUCCUGCCAAUUCCCAAUGCCAAAGUCUCUGAAGCCCUCCAACCACGCCACCAUCCAGAGCAUCGUGCGGGCGGUGGGGGUGGUGCCAGGAAUCCCCGAGCCCUGCUGCGUCCCUGAGAAGAUGUCCUCCCUCAGCAUCCUCUUCCUGGAUGAGGACAAGAACGUGGUGCUCAAGGUCUACCCCAACAUGACCGUGGACUCUUGUGCCUGCAGAUAAUGGACCACCACCCUCCCCCACCCUGGCCCCCUCCACCUUAAAAACAUAAUUAGCCCCCUACCACCUUAAAAAAUAAACUUCCUCCUUCAGCCCUUCCCGUCAUGCUUUCCUCAUUGGCUUUGGGCGCUGUGGGACAUCCACUCCACACGGGGACUCAGAGAGACUGCAGCCAGCAGCCCACACAGUGGGGUCUUCAGUUAUUCCACCUACGACCUAAGACCGGAUCAGGUCUGGUUUGUGGAGGCUCUGAAUAGACCCGAAGACUGUGUUGAGUUUUGCCCAUGUUAGAGAUCACCCCUCCUCAUAGACCAUGCAAGCCAAUGCAUUCUAAUCAGUAAACAUAUGUGUGGUUGGAGGAGACGUUCCGAUGGAAGAGAUCCUCGCCCAGUGGAUGGACAUGAACUCUCCACUCACACAGGCAAACCCUGAAGUACCCUGACUGACAUCUUCACUAGUGUAGCCGAACAGUGCCGUUAAUUGGACACACUGCCAGAGAGCUGAAAGUGUCAGCUUUCUGAUUGGGAGGCUAAUUUAAGUGGAGUUAAAGCAGAACAGUGGUGUGUGUGUGUGUGUGUGUGUGAGUGUGUGAGUGCCCUCGACACACCGCCCCACAGCUUCCUCUGGUAUGUUUAUACCGUUGCCUUGUCAACCCCCUACGCAAGACCUGAUUCCAGUAUCCAUAUGGCUGCUAUACACAGUAUAUAUAUACAUAUACAUAUAUUUAAACUGAGAGGCCAAAAAUAUGUGUUGUGUGGCCGUUUUGGUUCUUGUUGUGUUGUUUGUGCUGUUAUGCAGUUUCUUUUGCCAGGAACAUGUGCAUAUGUCAUUAUUAUUUUGUCACACAUACAGUAACUUAUACAUCACUGCAUUGCUUACAGAUUGCUAUGAAGUGGCCCUUAAUGUCAACUGUACAUGACUUUGUUUUGUCUCUAAUAUGGGAUUACACCAUUGCUUACAAUACCUGAGUAAGUAAGUAAGUAGGGGUACAGUUGUUUAAAGACUCUCAAUAGCAAACAGAGGGGUACAGUGUAACAGUACAUGUGUACAGAGGCUUAACACAGGAAGUGCAUCCAUAGGGUAGUGAUGUAUAUUGACACAGUCAGGAUGGUAGGGUAUUGUGUAUUAUUUCACAGUUUGUUCCAGUUCUAACAAAAAAUUGUUCUCACUCCUCUCUAUUUAUAUCUCUGCUGUAUGGCUAUGAUUUGUUGUCUGUAGGGUCUUAUACUGCAUAUUCAACUGCAUAUUGCAUAGUUAUACCGCAUCCUCAUAAACCUGUCCUUAGAGAGUUAGAGUUGAUUUACGGUGUAGUGUUUUAGUGUUGCGUUUCGCUGUGCUCUCUCAACUUAACCCCCGCAGUGUUUCACAGUCGCGGUUUUCAGCACCGUAUAAGACUGCAAACCUUACAUUCCAGUAUACCACUAUCAAAAAGCAGCGGAACAGCUGAAGUGAACGGAGAUAUGCAGACCUGUUGGCAAGGGUCGUGUGCCACAUCUCAUAUCCAUGUCAUCACAACCACGUUGUUAAUGGCUACAUUGAACAGGAGUCAUUGGUAUGAGUUUAUUUAGUGCUAAAUGUGAUCUGGAGAAUAGACUGUUUCACCAAACAGCAUUUUACUGAAGUCAAACCAAAGAAAGACUAUUGCAGGUGUAUUUGUAUUGAACACGAUCAAAUAAGUUAUGCAGCAUACGUCAGCGAGACAGGUAUUUAUACAGAUAUGGAAUCUAGACACUAACACUUUCUUUAUUGUAUUUGUAUAUUCGAGCUGUACAUAUUGUCAAUUACAUGAUUACUGUGAUGUAACUUUGUUUUCCAAGAAAGUGCCUUUAACAGAUGAAUAUGUCAGCCAUUUUAAAGCUAGGUUUUGUGUCUAAAGCCACUUACAGUAAGUUUGAGGAAAUACCUUUUAGAAUGAUUAAGAAAAAUACAUAUUUAUUUUUUUUCCAUUAAAGGUCAACAUAGCAUUUUUACAUUAAAUAUUUUGUUAAAUUAAAAGAGGGUGAAAUUGUGUUCCUCUGACUCUUUAUAUAACUGACAAUAUUUUAGAAAACACAUUUUAAGGUAUAUGGACAUUUGGUAUCUGUUUAUAGUGAAAUGUUUGCCACUUCGCAUGGAAUCUCUAAUAGUCACUCCUCAUUAAGUGUGGUUUUGAGUGGACACUGCUCCCUCAGAAUAGAACUCUAUGGAAAAUUAUACAACUAUAUAUAUGAAUAAAUAUAUAUAUAUAAACUUCACAUUAUAAAAUAACAAAUAUAGCCAGAGCACUCCUCUAAUUUGUAUAUUUUUAUUAAAGAGCUUCCUAUAACACAAUGUAUAAUCUAUUUUGUAAAUGAUAUGUUGGAGGCAAAAGGAUUUGCUUGUAUCAUAAGCUUCAUAAGAAAGUAUAUUUGUAUAUGGAAAUGACCUUCAAAUGCAUUUAUUUAUUUUCUGUUAAUUGCAUAAUUCCCUUGCCCCCCCUUUUUUUUCUUUCAUUACGUUGUCAUGGGAAUAGAUCUUUGACAUGCAGCUUUCUGCUAAAUGAGAUCAUGUGGGUUAUUACAAGAAGCCUGGAAGGCUGAAAAGGAGACAGGAAGGACAACCUGUGACCUUUUGACCUUUGACCUAUGAAACUCUGCAGGUUGGGUCUGUCAGUGAACGCUUCUGUGUUGAGUUUUGCCCAUGUAAGAGAACAGCCCUCUGCAAACACCAUUCAAAUCAAUAAAGUUGCGUAUGAAUA